GCGCUUUUGGGUCAAGAUUUCGUCGUUCCAUUUUCCAACACGACAAGCAUCGCCAUGGUGGCGGUGCCGCCGGAAGCGAGGCACCGAGAGCUGGAGGCAGCGCAAGAGGCGCUCAAGGCGAGGUUACGUGAUAUCGAUCCCAUUCACCUUCAACACAGACAAGCGUUCAUUCAAAACAGCCUUGCAGACGCAACCAAGAUGCAUAAUGGGGUGCCGCCUUUCCUGCAAAAUCUCGUCGAGGAACAAAAGAAGGACGAGGACAUUUACGACCAAUACAUCCGGGACGCGACGUUGCACAACCAACGAGCGAUUCGAUUCCAACAGCAAAUGGAGUCGCCGUUCGCAUCGUUGCCUGUACUAAAUGAUCGAUUCGCGUUGGUCGAGCUUCUCGGUGUGAGCACAUCGAAAGUUGAAGUGUGGAAAGCCGCCGACACAUACGACAACAAUUCGCUCGUGACACUCAAGAUCUCGUCGGACCAUCACAUGAUAGCCUACGACCACAAAGCGUUGGCACGAAUCGAUGUCCACGACACUGUCGUUCGUGUUUUGCGUGAUGGCGUCCUCACUACGACCUUCCAAGACACACAGUACUCGAUGUAUGGGCUAAAAUACAUGGAUAGCAACCUGGAAACGAUCCUCCUGGGCUGUCCCAACGGUCGACUCCCAUUUCUCAUUGCCGAAGCCGUGGCGUUUCAGGUCGCUCAUUGCAUUCAGCACUUGUGCAUUGAGGUAUAUCUACUCGGACUUGAAUCGAAUGUCCCUCUUCGAUGUUGGUCGUCGAUGGCAGGCUCGAGUUGCGCACUGCGACAUCCGCCCCGCCAACGUCCUCAUCACGCAGCCAUGGAAUGUCGCGGUAUGCAAUUUCAAGUCGUCGCGGAGUCGUCGGGAACUUCUCCCGACGAUUCCACACCACAAAGUGAAUGAAAUGGACGCAUCCUGCGUACUUUACGCCGCGCCUGAAUAUUUCAACUGCCUCGAGGCCCUCGGCAACACCGUGACAUGCGACACGGCAGACGUGUGGGCGCUCGGCGUGCUCUUCUUUGUCAUGAUCUAUGGCCAUCAUCCGUUGGUCCCUGGGCUCAUUGUACUCGACGAUGCCAUGAAACUUUCGUUUGUGGACCACCUGCGCAACUACAACGGGACAAUCUCGUUUCCAUCCUUCCCCAGUGUCCCUGCCUACACACAGCGCGUGAUCCAAGCGUGUUUGGAAAAAGACCCCACCAAGCGCCUGCAGAGCGAAAGCCUCGUCACAAGCGGAUUCAUUCAACGAGGAGGAGGCGAAUGACUCGAUUCAUGGCCGUUGGAUGGUUGAGUAGUAUUGUUGCGCCGCUGUAGCUCGUGGUGCCAGGACAUGAAGGCUGAAAUCAUGUAGCUACCACGGCAAUUCGUUCCUUGAUACCCUCCGUGACGAGA